AUGGAAGCUGAAGCCACCAGGGAUAAUUCUUCGCAUCGUGUUCAGAGCAUGGUGAUCGUGAAACUUGCUGGACCCAAACACCUUUUCCUUCCCGAAAAGACCAUCAACAAGCACCCGGAGUUGGCUAGCCGGUUUGUGACCACGCAGGAUGGCAAACAGCUCGACCUCACCGCUUGGCCGACAGCUGUGGUGCAUGUGUUCGUCAUGUUCCUCUUCACCGGUACAUACCAGGACCUACACGACCUUGACGAGGACGAGUUGGAACAGUAUGAUGAACCUGAAGCCAUGCUCAACCGCGUUCUCCAGACGUACUUGCUGGCCACCGAGUACGGCCUCGACAGGCUCAUCCAGCUAGCCGUUCAUGGAUUUGACGUAACGUCAAGAAGCAUGUCGCUCCCAAACAUCCUCUACGUCGUUUGUGGAAGCAACAUCACGUUCGACAAUCAGCACCUCGAGCUGAUGAACAACCUGAUCCAGAGAGCUUCACGAAUCGGUUGGGAGGUAGAACUGGAUGAAGGCCUUGGGACCUACCGAUUAGCGCUCAAGAAUGAUGGGACCGUCUUUGGUGCGCUCUUUUCACAGAUUCUGGAUCAGAGAGCUAGAAUCAGGGACCUCAUGCUUGAGAACCAGAGCCUAACUGGUCGGCUUAAUUGA